CUUGCGCCACCACCCCACCACCACGCGCUCCCUAUCAUCAAAUAACCGGUAGCAACGAUGACUGGUAUUGACCAGCAGAAACUACAGCUGGCGAAAGCGCGCUUCAAACUCAUGCUUCAGAGAGAAAAGGAUCAGCGUGGCCUCGCUGAGAGAAUCGAUGAACUCCACGGUCACUUAGAAGAUGUUUUCCAACAGAACUCCUCCGGGCAUAUUCAGGUACCGUCGCUUGUUUGAUCAACCCUGAUCGUCAUGAGCAGACUAAUAGCCUCCACUUAGACAUGCACCAAUUGGAUCUCCACCCAUCUGUCUAAGUCCCCAGCUCUCAUCGACGCAUUUGGUCAGUACCUGGUCAUGCUGUCCAAGGCCAUAGUCCUAGACGACAACCGCAAGGCUGCGCGGGCUUCUCGUAAUCGAAUGGACCUUCUCCUCAUCGUCAACGAUCUUCUGAAAAUUGGUACACACCAGGCUGGUCAUGGUCAAGGCGGAGCAAUGGUCGAUGAGCUUCAGCAUCAUAUCGAGGAACUCGUUGUUCUUGCGGCUGCCGGGAUAUUUCGCAAAGGCUCGAAGCUGGAAGGCAAGCUUAAUGCCAUUCUCAGGAUGUGGGAGGUGAACAGGGUGUUUAGCCACGACCGCUGUGAGAUUAUUUGUAUGAAAGCUGCCCAGGCUCUGAAGCAGUCACAGCCGCGGCAGCCGAAAGGGACUGCUUCUAGAGCCCCCAGCUACACUCUGCCCGUCAUUCCAAGGGAUAUCCCGUGGUAUGAACUCCCCGCGUCAACGAUGCUAGAGGAGCUCUACCUUCAUCCGGACAAAGCCGUCGACAUCAAGAAAUUGAAGGUCAAGACAUUCGCGUCUGCCAUUCCAUCACAAAAGACUAAGGACCUCCUCGACGAGUAUUGGGAAACAGUCGAGGCCAUGGACUGGCGUGCGACUGCCAAUGAAACUCCUGGGGGUUUCAACUAUGAGUAUGAUAAUUUCGGCCAGACUGUUCGCGUCAACAAAAUCACCGGCGAGAAGAAGACGAUGUUCAACUACUAUGGAUGGUCUAUCCCAUGGUGCGAAGAGAUAAAGGAACACGGGAAGCCACUGUGCAUUCUGGACAACCGUGAGGAUGUGCAAGAGAGGGCACGCAUGGAGGCUGACGAGAAGGCCCGCAAAGAGGCGGAAGAGGAUGCUUUCCGCUGUGAGCAAGAGCGAAAACGAGAGGAAGCUCGCGAGCGGGAACGACGCGCGAAUAGCGGGCCGUAUCCCGCCGAGGACAUGUCCCAAAAUCAGUACGAUUCACAGCGUCCUCCACCAGUUCAAAACUACCCGACGCAACCCUCUGGGUACCCACCGCCGCCCCUAGCUCCCGGAUACAGGAACCCUUACCAACAACCAUAUCAAGGCGGCUACGGCCAACCUAUCCCCUCUUUUAACAAUGCACCGUAUGGCCAAGGCAAUUUCGGAUAUCCCCAAAAUGGAUCACCUCCUAGUCGUGGCGGGCCAAACUUCGGUCGGGGUGGCAUUGGCCAAGGAGGGAAUGGGUGGAAUCGGGGCGGGUUUAACCCCAAUAUGCGUGGUCGGGGCCGAGGUGGCUCUGGUUGGAGUUAGGUUUUGCUGCCUUUGGAACAGGUCCUGGCUGUCAUACUUCAUGUAAUAUGUA